CAGGAACUGGAAUUUCAUUAUUAAGUUGGAGCCGAAUCCAACUGAUCUAACACAACAUUGCCCAAAUUACUUGGGGAGUUUUAUAAGAAAAAAAUCCCCAACAAAGAUGAGGAGGUACACGAGAAAACAUCAUUCAAGCUUAAUUCUUUUAGCAGUGAUAUCCAUAGCCGUGGCUUCCGCCAUUGUCGUUUUCAAGGUUUCAAAAGGACUUUCAUGGCAUUAUUUGGCAUCUCCAUGGACAUGGACUUCAACACUUGGAGGACCCUUCUCUUCCCGUCAUGUCAUUGAUAAAAGAAAGGAGAAGGCCAAAGAAUAUAUAAAUCUGGAAAGGAUUUGGAACGACGACUCCGUUAAAAGAAGAGGUAAACACCGAGAUGGAAGUCUGGAGAUGGUGGAAGCGGUUCUUGCUAAAGCUAGAGCUUUGAUACGGGAUGCGUCGUUAAACCCCAGUAACAGCAGCACUUCGGAACUUCCCGACUCCGAUUACGUUCCCCAAGGCGACAUUUACAGGAACCCUCACGCAUUUCACCGGAGUUAUCUGUUAAUGGAAAAGAUGUUCAAGAUAUUCGUUUACGAAGAAGGGGAACCACCUUUAUUUCAUUACGGAUCAUGCAAAGAUAUAUACUCCAUGGAAGGACUGUUCAUGAGCUUGAUGGAACAGGAUACAAGGUAUCGUACAUGGGAUCCUAAUGAAGCACAUGUUUAUUUCCUUCCUUUCAGUGUUGUGAUGAUACUAGAGCAUCUCUUCGAUCCCAUCAUCCGCGAUAAAGCUGUGAUGGAGCGAACGGUUGUCGAUUAUGUUGGAAUCAUAUCCAACAAGUAUCCUUUUUGGAAUCGAAGCAUUGGGGUUGAUCAUUUCAUGCUCUCCUGCCAUGACUGGGGGCCAAGGGCAACCUGGUACGUGAAAGAACUUUACUACAAUUCCAUUCGAGUUCUAUGCAAUGCCAAUACUUCAGAGUAUUUCAAUCCAAAGAAAGACGCAUCCUUUCCUGAAAUCAAUCUUGUGACGGGGGAAAUCACCAACCUAACAGCCCAUUUGCCUCCCUCAAAUCGUUCCAUCUUAGCAUUCUUCGCAGGCAACUUAUAUCACGGUAAAAUUAGGGCACUUGUAUUUAAGCAUUGGAAGGGAAAAGAUAAUGACAUACAACUCUACGAAAAACUCCCGGUGGGGGUUUCCUACAGUGAAAUGUUGAAGAAUAGCAGGUUUUGCUUAUGUCCGAGCGGGCAUGAAGUUGCCAGUCCAAGAAUUGUGGAGGCAAUUUACGCAGAAUGUGUUCCGGUGAUAAUAUCGCAGAACUAUGUUCUUCCUUUCAGUGAUGUUCUGAGAUGGGAGUCUUUCUCGAUCCAGUUAGCAGUGAGCGAAAUAGCCAACCUGAAGAACAUUUUGAUGGGGAUAUCUGAAGAACGAUAUGAUAGAAUGGUGGAGAAUGUUAAGAAAGUGCAGAAGCAUUUCUUGGUGAAUGAUCCUCCCAAGAGAUACGACGUGUUUAAUAUGAUUAUUCAUUCGGUUUGGCUUCGUAGGUUGAAUGUACGAAUUUAUAGCUGAUUUUUUUUUUGGCAUAUACCAAAUAUUGCAACAACAAAAGGAAAAAAAAAAUCAAAUUUUGGUAAUGAAACUUAGCCAACAUCACACAUCACAUCGAGUGAUGUUGGAAACUUAGAUCUAUUCUAAAUGAACUUGGAUCCAAUCAUUUUUGGAAUUUUCAUUUAAUCUAUGUAAAUCGUAUCAUUUAAUC